UGAACUUGCCACCUCUGGUAUAUGGGGCCAGCGCCCUACUCCUUGAGCCACAGGCGCUGCCCUCUGAUAAUUCUCUUUAAGAAGUUCUAUCAACAUUCCAAAUACCCAGAGCACAGAUUUCUCUAGGGUUCUCUAGUUCUUUCUUUGAGUAAUUUCUCUCAGUCCCUUCUCCUGAACUAGUCUUCAGUUCCCUGUUUCAGUCAUCUUUGCAUCCUCAAAUUCAGUUCCUGACACACAGCAUGUUUCAUAGUGCUCAGGUUUGCUUCUCUGAAAGGGCGUUCUGGUGUUCUCCUUCCCCUCAUAGAACCAGAGAUGCCCGCUUAAACAGUGAAACUGGUUGUGAGCUGCCUGUUCUAUCCUGCAAGACUUUGCAAAAAGGAAAAUUUGUCUUUGGGGGAGAAGAUUCCAAUGGGCCUAGAGCAACGAAUGGAACGUCAUACCAAAUGGGUCCUAAAGCGGUAACCACCCCUGGAGCAGUGUUUCCCGGUCCAAUUGGCCUUUAUUCCCACCAAGAGGGCAGCCUAGUCUUCAGCUUUACCAUCACCCAAACUACACAACAGCCUCAUAGGGAAAGACACCACACUUCGGACGUAUCUCUUCUUGGUGGGUACCCCGUUCCGACCCUGGCAACCCCUUUACGCUAUCCCCCCACCCCCACUUCCAGGGCAGAAGGGCGAGCAGGGGCAGACUCUAUGAGUCACUCCCAGCCCUGCAGUAGAGGAGUGAAGCGCCGCCUCUCCUUGGGCCCCUUCUCUCCCCCUUUCUCCUCCCCGCUGGUUCCAGCCCUCGCCAGAUGCUGCGCAGCAAUCAACGAUUCCCCAUCACAUCAAUUCGGCUGGCGUCUCCGAGACCGCGGGCUCCCGUAGGCUCUCCGUGGCCCCGAGUUAUAGUUGGGAUACCCCGACCACGAGUGAUUGUCGGGUCUCCACGGUCUCGAGUCGCUGGGGUGGAUCAGGCCUCGGCGCCUCCUCGGGGCGCCCCCCAAGGCCGCAGGCAAGAUGAACAUUCUGGCGCCAGUGCGGAGGGACCGCGUCCUGGCAGAGCUGCCUCAGUGCCUGAGGAAGGAGGCCGCUUUGCACGUGCGCAAAGACUUCCACCCCCGCGUCACCUGCGCCUGCCAGGAGCACCGGACAGGCACCGUAGGAUUUAAGAUCUCCAAGGUCAUAGUAGUCGGGGACCUGUCAGUUGGGAAGACUUGCCUCAUUAAUAGGUUCUGCAAAGACACCUUUGAUAAGAAUUACAAGGCCACCAUUGGAGUGGACUUUGAGAUGGAACGAUUUGAGGUGCUGGGCGUCCCCUUCAGUUUGCAACUUUGGGAUACCGCUGGACAGGAGAGGUUCAAAUGCAUUGCAUCAACCUACUACCGAGGAGCUCAAGCCAUUAUCAUUGUCUUCAAUCUGAAUGAUGUAGCCUCCCUGGAGCAUACCAAGCAAUGGCUAGCUGAUGCGCUCAAGGAGAAUGACCCUUCCAGCGUGCUUCUCUUCCUUGUGGGUUCCAAGAAGGACCUAAGUGUGAGUGUGCCAGUGCGGGGAACUUCCCAACUUGCUGAAGGAACUCCUCAUCUGAUUCUGACCUUCCCUCAGACUCCUGCUCAGUAUGUCCUAAUGGAGAAAGAUGCGCUCAAGGUGGCCCAGGAGAUUAAGGCUGAGUAUUGGGCAGUGUCAUCUCUCACUGGUGAGAACGUCCGGGAAUUCUUCUUUCGUGUGGCAGCACUGACCUUUGAGGCCAAUGUGCUGGCUGAACUGGAGAAAUCAGAGGCCCGGCGCAUUGGGGAUGUUGUCCGCAUCAACAGUGAUGACAGCAACCUCUACUUAACUGCCAGCAAGAAGAAGCCCACGUGUUGCCCAUGAAGGGUGAGGCGAUUGUCCAGAGACUAUCUAGCCCUGGGGUACUGUGCCACCACGAAUCCCCUGAAUCAUUUGCACUGAUUGUUUUUCCAGACCAAAGAGCCGCCUCUUUGUGGCAGUGUCCCCAAAGGGGUAGCUGGGACCAUGCUAGUCACUUCCUGUCCUUAGGUACCAUGCAAAGACUGGAUGCCCGCCUACUCCUCUGGGGGUAGUGUCCCUACUACUUUUGCUCAUCCUGCUGGGCUCUUUGGGUAGGAAGAUGCCUAAUAUUCCAGCCUUACUGUGCCUAUACAUUAAAAUCUUUGUU